AUGCCAGCCGAUCUGCCAGGCUACCAUUUCGAUCCCGUCAAGAACCGCUACUUCAAAAUCCAGCCAAACCACAUUGCGCCGUCAGGGUCGAACUACAGUGUCCAAGCAGUCAGGGCCGAGGAAGCCAUCAAGGAUGCCCAACGAGAGGAUGAGUUGUUAUAUCGGUCGAAGCUCGCUAUAACACCGAGGCGGUCGAAGCUCCUGCAGCAUCCUAUGCUGGAGUUUGACAGACGACUGGGCCAUCUGAGGAAGAGCGCCGGGGCACUCGUUUCGGAAUACUACGCCGCCGGUCUCACAGGCAUGGGCGUCUUCCCCGACGUCGAGUUCAAGCCACCCUCUUCAUGGGAUCCCCUCGGGCCCGACUCUGGAUCGUUUGCCAUUGCAGAAUCUUCGGGCACCUUGUUUGCAGAUUGCGUGCGCAAAGAAUCGGGGCACAGCAUGUACCAGCGACAACGCUCCACACACAUGUGCGCCUUUCACCUGCGGCCGCGUCCUCUUGACGAUCCGAAUCACGACCCCCAUUGGUAUGUCCCUGGGAACUAUGAAACCAGCGCCCCGUACCAGUACAGCAACACCCGAUGGUAUGAUGUUGCAAACUCACCCCGAUGUAUUCUGGCCCUCGAGUACGAUCUGGUCGUGUGGUGCGAGCUGAUCACUCAUCGCGGUGCGCCCACGACAUCGGUGGUCAAGAUCGGGGGCGGUUCCAGAGAAUUUGCGUACAGGACCGAGCGGAUACCCGUGCAAUCGGUGGUAUGGGGUCUCGCGGCACAGCCGGGCGAAUAUAGGGCGGCCAUGGUCUGUGAGACUGGCUUUUCCCUUCUCGACCUGUCGGCCGUGGAUCACCCGAUCUCACGGUUUCCGAUGGACACCAACGAGAUGCUGCAGGCGACCUUCAAGGACCACAACAUCGUCCUGUGCGGUACACGCUCCGGCCAGAUCCUGAUGUGCGACAUCCGCGCGCCGGCGCAGCACUCCGACCUGGACGGCUACGGCGGCGUUGGUGCAACGAGCGGGACGCGCCUGCAGCACUCGGACACCGUCAACGACCUCGCGGCGCUUCCUGACGGCAACUGCAUCAUCGCCAGCGGCCCACGGCAAAUGAGCAUCUACGAUCUGCGCUUCGCGCCCCCCCCGACCCGGGUGUGUCACAUGCCCCGGGCUAAAUCGUUCCAAGCCAGCCCGGCCGUGCUGGACUUCGUCAUCCCCAAGACCUACGCGACGCGGCUGGACAAGACAAACUUCACGUACGAUCCAGAGCUUAACAUCGUCCUCCGCACCUCGACCGACAACUACCGCAACCACCGCGCCGCUCUGUGGUCCGCCCGCACCGGCCGCCUGCUCGACAGUCCGUUAAACACCACGGUCUUUGAGGAACCCAUCGUGUGCGCCGCCAUCGCGCGCAUCCGGGAUGGCCCCAAGAGCGUCUUCAUCUCCGCGGACAGAGAAAUCACCGAGUGGACUCCGCAGGGCAGGGGCGGCGAGGGCGAAGACGACCAGGAAUGA